AUGCCGGCCCCAUCACUACUUCACCUGGCCACAGCCACGGCUAUCCGCUUCGUCAAAGACCUAGAUGACCUGGGUGCCAUGCCAUACUCACUUGCCCGUCCCAUUUUGCUUAAUAUCCAUAACCCUGAAAAGCUGCACGCCAUAGAGCUCGCAUCCCCCCACCUCGCUGAAGAAGAUGAAGAAAUGUGGCUUGAGCUCAUUAAACGGGAUAUUCCUGAGUGGGAGAAGUACCAGCUCCCGGAGCAUACCAACAACUGGUACGGAGUAUACUGUGAUCUCCGCGACCAAGUCCAACGUUCUCUUGACGCCGAUGCAGAGAAAUUGAAAAUGGCAAUUGAUGGCAUCAGUGCCAAGCGUGCACUCCUCACUCCCAAACUCAUCCCUGAGACCAAGGGCUUGCGUAUGGCUGGAUCCCGACCCUCUGUUCGUCAACGCUAUACUACAUAUAAUCAUAGAACUGGCAUGGUGGAAAAGAAGCCCAGCAUUUUCCAGCCACAGAAGCGCAACACCGCGCUCACAAUGCCCACCAAGUCUCUCAACAACCGUGCGUCACAAGUCAAGCGCGCACCGAUCGGCUUGGUUGAAGAACAUCGCCGCCCCGCCGAACAGUCAACACCACAGCCAGCAUCAAAAGCGCAACCACUUCCCCCACGCAUCAGCCGGCGCCCGGGUAUGCUCCCACCCUCACUCCAGCAACCCACGCUAGCUAAGAAUGAGGCGCGGCUACGCGCACUGACUUCCACUGCCUCCGCCACCCCACCCCGGGGUGCAUCUAGCAGCGAUGCGCUUGGCGUGAAAAAGUCACCAGCUGUUGCCUCUGACCCCAAGCUGAAGCGCCGGGCGACCUCCCCCCUCACGGUGCGGAGAACCCCUCUUCAUCUUCUUCAUCGUCCCUCCCCAACCCUCCCACCUCUUCUCUUCCCACCUCCCGCCCGCCUUCCUCCGGGCCUCCUCCUCCCCGCCCGGGCGUCAUUCGUCGACGUCCGGCGCCGAGCAUUUUCAUGCCAGCGAAACGACGACAUUUGUCGUGAUCUUCGGAUCACCAAACCUUGUUUGGAGCAAGGAGUUUGGGAUUGUUCUGAUACCCGAGGUGGAAUUCACCUCAAUUUCUGA